AUGAUCACCACUCUCCAGAAACCAUUCUCUCAAAGUCGCGCCGUACUCUGUACCGGGGCUUCAGUAUUCUCGAGAUUAUCUCGGUUCCAUAUCGCAAACCCCCUAGCACGUUUUCCAGAACGCCAAUGGCAGCGUCAAACCCGAGGACUACGAACACGUUAUCGACCACCUCCAGUCACACCACCCUUACGUGUUCAGCCAAAGGACGAGAAAUUUGACAAACUCAUGGCCUCUUUAGCAGGAUUCGAGCAGGAGUACAAAGCUGCUGGAAGUAUCAAACAACGUAUUGCGGCCACUCAUAAAGGAAACCAGGCUAUCUCCGAGUAUCUAAAGUCCCUCUUUCAAACUGGUGAGCUGGAAGAUCUAAAGUCUCUUGCACAAAGGAUCAGCAAAGGACAUAAGAAUGAACUGAGGAAUGCUAGGACGGAUGGAGCCGCGACAUGUUUGGCUUUCAUUUUGUCCUUGUAUUUUAUUAUCUUGUUGGUUGAAGCCGCAAAAUCAUCUGUUUCCGAAGACGAGAAGGAGCCCACCAAGCCGGAAUCUCAGAGCUUAGAGGAGAAGGAUACUCCUCAGGCUGGCUCUACAAAAACUUAUAGGAGGAAAACCAACAAAUUCGAGACGGAGGCUCCUGGGAUAAAAUGCAUGUGCCAUCGCCCACUUGAGCUCGAUAAUACACGAGUGCUGUGA